AAGGGAUGUACCCUGUACAAAAUGAGGUGGAAGCUGAAUUUGAUUUGUACUGGUUGAAGGCUUAAUCAUAUUGUGGAUUUAUUAUAUUUACGGAACGACCUCUUGUAAACUCAGUUCCUGUAAAUACGUGGAACAAGUAUGGGUGGAAAUAAGUUGAAGAGUUAGGGAAAAGAAAAUCACUUUUCAUCCUAUAUGCAGUCUCAGGAAUAACACUCAUUUGGUUGGAUAUGAGAUGAUCUUUGUUGGAAUGAGCAAUGUUUCUCCUUUUGUAAAUGGCAUUGGAGAAGACGAUAUUUUUAAGCAACAAGACCGCUGCUCCUGGACUCAUUUGGGCUUUCUGACCUUUUGAAGUACAGAAUAUUCCCACAAUAUGAUUUGAGAAGUCACCAAAAAAGUCAAUAAAAUGUGAGGAGUAUGAUUGAAGAGAAAUGAAGCUAUGGAAAAUGGAACUGAGAACAAAGGGACACCAGACUGCAUUGUGAACAGCUCCAUUAAGGAGUCUUCUGAUGUCUAUUGCAUUGCAGGGAACAGAAACAAGAUGAAGUUCUGUGAAUCCAAUCCCUACCAGACGAAAUUCAGUGACAGUGAUGGCAGCAGUGAGGCGGAUGAAAAAACCCGAGUGGUUACCUUCUUUAGUUCCCUUUUUAAAAAAACAAGAGCUUUUGGAUCUAGAAAAAGGCCACAUUCAUUGAUUGUUUUCAGAGAAAGCUCCAAGCAGAAAACAAAAUUAUCCUUCUUGGACAGGCUGAAAUCAUUCAAAAGGUUUAAGUCAAUGGAACUCUUCAGGCUCCAAUUUACAAGAAAUUUAAGACGAAAGACCUCUAAAAUCUGGAGUAGAGAGAAGAGAGGCAUGCCAAAUGGUUCCUCAACAUGCAAGCAAACAUUAGAUGAAGGAACUUUUAGACAUACCUAUGCAGGGGAUCUGCAAGAUUUUGACACAGCUGGAGACUCAAACCUAAUUACUUGUGCUCUAGAAAAUAUUAGCAUUGAAGAAGAACAGCCAGUUAACAAGAGUUGGAAGAAUAUACAACAAUACUUCAAAAGUUCAAAUAGAAAAACGUUUGACCCAAAUGUAACAAGUUGUUGUAAUACAAUAACUAUCUUUCCAGAGGAUACGAGAAAUAAAUAUACAAAAAUCUCACAAGAAUAUAAAGGGAGCAGAAGAAUUGAUGUUUUAAAUUACUUGAAAAAGAUGUCAGGUAAAAAGAAACUUACGGAGAAGACUGCAGGCCACAGCUGCCGAAACUCAGAUGGACUAGUAGACUCGGCAUCUAUCAAACAAGAAUACGACCUAAGCUAUUCAGAAAAAUCAAGCAGGGUAAGAGAUAGGAAGCACUUGUUGAAAGCCAUUGAUUUCAGCAAAGUCAUUAAGGUAAUCAACAGAGAAAGUAAACAGAACAAUUUUAUUGACACCUACACACAGUUUGAGGAGACUCCUCAGUCCAGUCCCAGCAAUCGUAACCGAGACCUUCCCCCUAUCCCGAUCAUUCCAGAGACUGAAAACGGGAAGGCUAUCUCACUGUCACAGACUUCUCUCACCCCAGACUCUGGAUUGUGUAACUCCCUUAGCCAAUCCAGUCUGUCCGAAAGUCUACAGCUGCAUGAAAUAACAAGGGCAGAAAUUUCUGUACAGCGAUGCAAUUCCGAACUACUUGACUCCUUCACUCCUAUUUCCUCCCUAUGCGAUGAGUGGAAGAUGCCAGAGCUACUGCCGACUUGUCAAACUACAUCUGAAGGCAUCCACUGUCAAGAGGCUCCAGAGUUCCAGAGUGUGGCUACUGAACCAAAGGCAGAGAUUCAGUCAAAGGAUGUUUCUGCAAAGGAGAAAGUUGAUGGGCUGUCUCAUGAUGAAGAAACCAGAGAAUCAGAAGAAACAAAGAGUAACCAAACAAAUGCAGACUGUGGAAAGUUGCCACGCCCUGUGUCAGAUUGUGGUCUUCUUAGUGACUGGCAAAGCAUAAUCUUAAAUGAUGGCUCGCCUAUCAUAGCAGAAUUCAGCAUGAAACCUAAAGUGCCGGCAGAUUCGACGGGAGCCGAAAAUGGAAUUUGUAGCAAUUCUUCACCAGCCAUGAAGAUAAGACUUAGGAACAAACGUGCUAGGCAAAGACCUUUCUCUGUGAUAGAUGGAGCAUCUCUUGCUGGACAUUGUGAGAAGACAAUCAAUCUUCAUCAACCAGCAACUUGCCGCCCACCACCACCACACCAUGUUCCACCUUUCCGGGCAGUUUCCCAUAGUAUCCAGCCUCUCCACUUGUCCCAAAGCACGCCAAUUGGACUUGAUCAGGUUGGGUGGAAAAGCCAAAUGUUAGCAGUAACAGCUAAUGAUGCAAGUAGAUUGGAGAUGACAAGAAUCCAUGAAAGCAGUACAAGUAUUAAAGACUAUGGUUUCUGUCAUGACAGUGGCAGGCCUCUGAAGCAUGGCGCGGAGCAGCUGCUAGUGAAUAAGCUGAUCAGUGGCGGUUAUAUUGUCAGUGCUGAGGCAGUAUGGGAUCACGUCACAAUGGCCGACCGUGAGUUGGCAUUCAAAGCAGGGGACGUUAUUAAAGUCCUCGAUGCCUCUAACAAGGAUUGGUGGUGGGGACAGAUUGAUGAUGAAGAAGGCUGGUUUCCAGCCAGUUUUGUGAGGCUUUGGGUGAAUCAGGAAGACACUGUAGAUGACGCCAGUAGCGAGAUUCAAAAUGGACAUCUGGACCCGAACUCUGACUGCCUGUGUCUUGGCAGAAGCAUCCAGAACAGAGACCAGAUGAGAGCAAAUGUCAUCAAUGAAAUAAUGAGCACAGAAAGGCACUACAUUAAGCACCUGAAGGACAUCUGUGAGGGGUACCUCAAACAAUGCAGAAAGCGCAGGGACAUGUUUAGUGAUGAACAGCUGAAGGUCAUUUUUGGAAAUAUUGAAGACAUUUAUAGAUUUCAGAUGAGUUUUGUCAGAGACCUGGAGAAGCAGUAUAACAAGGAAGAUCCUCACCUGAGUGAAAUUGGACCAUGCUUCUUAGAACAUCAAGACGGAUUUUGGAUUUAUUCAGAGUACUGUAAUAAUCAUCUAGACGCAUGCAUGGAGCUGUCUAAGCUGAUGAAGGAUGGCAGAUAUCAGCAUUUUUUUGAGGCUUGUCGUCUCCUGCAGCAAAUGAUUGACAUUGCCAUCGAUGGUUUUCUCCUUACACCUGUGCAAAAGAUCUGCAAAUACCCACUGCAACUUGCAGAACUGCUCAAGUAUACAGCGUUGGAACAUAGUGACUACAGAUAUGUUGCUGCAGCUUUGGCAGUCAUGAGGAAUGUGACUCAACAAAUCAAUGAACGCAAACGGAGGUUGGAAAAUAUUGACAAGAUGGCUCAGUGGCAAGCUUCAGUCCUCGAUUGGGAGGGUGACGAUGUUCUGGACCGGAGCUCUGAAUUGAUAUACUCUGGGGAAAUGAUGUGGAUCUACCAGCCUUAUGGACGGUAUCAGCAGAGGACUUUUUUCCUCUUUGACCAUCAACUGGUCAUGUGUAAAAAGGAUUUGAUACGACGGGAUAUCCUUUACUACAAAUGCAGAAUUGAUAUGGACAAGUAUGAAAUGAGUGACAUUGUCGAUGGAAGAGAUGAUGAAUUUAAUGUUAAUGCCAAGAAUGCCUUCAAACUAAAGAACAAGGAGACAGAGGAAGUGCACUUAUUCUGUGUAAAGAAGCCAGAAGAAAAGCAAAGAUGGUUGCGAGCACUUCAAGAAGAGAGGAGGAUGGUUCAAGAAGAUGAAAAGAUAGGGUUUGAAAUCUCGGAGUAUCAGAAGAGGCAAGCUGCAAUGACCGUAAGAAAAGUCAGCAAACAGAAAGGAGUGAACAACACAAGGUCAUUACCUCCCACAUACCCAGCACCACCUGAUCCUCUUCAUCAGAGGAACUUCAUGCUCACUGAUGGCAUACCUCAGGGGUCAAUGUAUGAACUGACGGAGCCUAAACGCAGUCAGUCUCCCUUCUGGCAGAACUUCAGUAGGUUAACACCAUUUAAAAAGUAACAGGCCAUGUUGUUUGGGAGGACCUAGCCGGUGACAUGUCCUUGGCAGUUAACAACAAAGUGUGGACCAACAAACCAUGUUUGGAUCAUGGAUCUAGCUGAUCUAAACAUCUGCUGAUACCUUUCCUGCUGAGCCUUGGUUCAAAACAACAUUUUAUCGAAUUAUUUCUUAAUGUGAUUCAACUGUUCAUAAAACAUAUAAUAUAUGACAACAGAAAGUCAGAAAGGAAAACUGAAAUUCAUUGCAUUACAUCAUUUGUGAUUAUGUGAAUCUAGAUUUGCUCCUUAGUGUACUGUAUUGCAGCUGUAUACACGCAGGCACAGACACAGACACAAAUACAAAUGCAGAUAGACACAGACAGACAGGAACAUACAGUUUCACACACGUUCAUAUACACGCAUCUUGCUUCUGUUGUUCUAAAAGCUUAUUACAUAUAUACUGAGAGUGACUGUUUUGUUGCUUGAUCAGUUUUACAUAAACUACUUACAGAUAUUUUAAUGAAUAAUUAUCAUAAACAUGCUUUUGAUUAUUUAAUAUAUAACCAUGUGCUGAUAUGAUAUGUUGUACUGAAUGAACAGUUCAAACUCUUUUUGAAGAACUUAGGAAUAACUCACACCAUUUCCAUCAGUAUCAAUGGAGUAUGUAAUUAUUCAGAAAGUAAGAGUUAAUUGACAGGGCCAAUCCUUUACCAUCAUUGUCCUUAGUUGGUUUAGAAGCCAACUGAUUUUGACAGUACAACAAAAUCUUUCAACAGAAUGGAUAUAUAACUAUAACCUUUUGACCAGAGAACCAAUUGCUUAAUAUAAUUGACAUUCUUUGUUAUGUUUUGGUCCAAGUUUGUUGCAGUGUUACACUUAACAGUUAAUAAGGCUUAAUAACUAAUCAAGUUGUAUUUUAACUCUUUAAAAUUGAGUUGAAAGGCAUAAUGUACCACCAACAGUUAUUUGUUGUUAUCAGUUAAUACGUACUUCACCUUAUGGAUCUUUGGACAUUUACUAAUCCUUCCACAGGAAUAGCAUUAAUCAUCUGAUCCCAUGUGGUUUCUCUACAAUAUCUUUGGACUACUUUAGCUGAAAUGUUUGCAAUUCAUUGGAGUUCUGUGGAUUGAACAGUGCACAACAUAGAUUGUAAACUAGGUUAUGGAGGAACCAUUGCAAAUUAAGGAAUUAAGUUAUCUUUAACUGUUGUCCUACAAAAAUGUUUUGUGCCACUAGUGAUGUAAACAUUUGUUUUGUGAUGUGCUAAAAUUUCACUAUUUUGCAUUUCCAAUGCAUACAAUGAAAUCAUACAUGAUAUAAAAUGAUGAACUAGCCAAUCUUUUGAAAUGGACAUUUUUAUAGAACUACAGAGCUACUUUUCCAAUAACCAUAGCUAGAUAUUAUUUUCUAACAAUCUAAAUAAUUAAAUAUUUAUUAAAUUAGUGCCAAAAAUGUAGAAGCAAAUUCAACAAAGAUGAAAUUUGUUCGUAUAUGAUUAUGUACACAGGCACUUAGCUGCCAGCUGACAGAUUGUUUGUUCUGUGCUGUUCCUAUUUAAAGGCUGUUGAUGCCCUUAACAAAGGCAGUUAGCAAAAGUCCUGGUUAAUCUAAAAUGUUUUUUCUCAUACUAAAGUUAUAGGCCACCAGGAAUAUGUUAAUACUAUCCAUUUAGGGAGUUUAGUGGCUUGCUUUUUUCAUCUAUAUUGAAUUAUUUAAUUUCAUUGUAAUAGCUGUGGCCUCUGUCUGAUCAUAUUCAAGCUCUUUGCUCAGGUAACUUCUUGCAUGAUGUGCCAUAUAAAGUAGUGAUUGACUGGUACAUGGUUCUACAAGUCUGGUUUCCUGGUUUCUUCAGCAUCUGCCUCUACUGGUAAGAGUAACAAGCAGUGCCAACUUAUCAGUUGGAUCAAAUAUGCAUUGCAUUUAGUGAUUGACGAUGUAAAACACACCAGCAUUAUAUGUAACUCAUAUGAAGAAUGAGGCUCAUGUACCCAUUCUGGGUAGUUUGAGGCUCACCAGAUCAAAUCAAUGAAAUUUUUGUAGAGUACACUGUCAAGUGACUGUAUCGGUUGACCAAAAUAAUGCUCAUGGCAUCUUUUCUUACCAGUUGACCAAGAAUAUUGAACAGGAGAUUUCUCAGGGGAAUAUUGAUCAAAGUAAAAGUUAAGUUUGGAUAAAUACGUAGAUGGGAGGGGUAUGAAGGUCCAUGGUCCAGAUGCAGGUAGAUGGGGCUAGGCAGAAUGGAAUAGGUGUGUCAAAGAGCCUGUUUCUGUCUUGUAGUUCACUAUGACUCUGACUAGUAAUGCCAGUUUAUGGUCUUUACAAUAAGUAAUUAAAGGGUUGAGAAAGCCAGAUAGACCAAAGAGGUUCUCCAUUUUAGGUCCUGACUGACUAUAGCACCCUCCUCCAAUAUGUGGCCCGACUCAGAGAUUUCAAUUUCAGACGAGAAUGACUGUGUGAACAAACAGAAAUGCAAUGUGGUCCAUGAUCCCACUAGUUUCACAUGAUAGAGGGGCAGGGGAAUGGUGUCCACUGAAUCAACUACCACUCUGAUAGCAAAAUGACUGUAUCACUCAAUAGAAAGGAAGAAAAUUAAUGGAUGAGGAGAGGGUACCACAAUUAAGUUUCUGGUUAUCAUUAAGUUAGCUUUGGAUAUUUUGCUAAAUGCAUUCAUCUCUCUGUGAAGGAGGAACAAGAAGUACAUAUUGCCCUCAUGGAGUACAUUUGAGGUUUAGUGUGUGAAAUAAUGGUCUGAUACAAUACUAUGCUGUAGAGACAGGGUGCUAGGAAUGAUUCUUAGUCUGUGCCAAAAGAUUUAAUCUUGGUAAAAAGAUGGAAUCCUAUGAACUGAUUUCAACAGCCAUGGACUAAGACGAUAAUAGUAAGAUGCCUAGUGUUCCCAGUUUCAAUCACUAUCUGGUUAGGUACACAUAGACAAUGAUUUGGGAAGGGCAGACUGAUUUGCAGACUAGUGUCUGUUCUGAGAUAAUGCAGAAUGGCUUUUUUAGAAAGGUUCUGGUGCAUUGCUAACAGAUACAGAAAUGAAGGUUAUCAACAAGAUUGUAAGAAACAAAGAGGAAUUUUUUUCAUUAAUGAGGACUUAGAUUUUUGACUGAAUAUGAAAUUAAUUGACGUUGUGGUGUCUGGAUCUUGCAAUUUUACCUCCUCACAAGUGGUACUAUCCAUAGAAAUGAGUAUUUGUGAGGUAAACUAAAAAUCAGUUGUUUUAUAUCUUAGAUUACAUUGUUGCAAGACAAAGUGUUCAAUGCUUAGAAGCAUUGUUAAUGAUGUCAGGACUAAUUGCAUUAUUGUACUAGUCAUUCACUAAUACCCCUCAAUUUUGCUUUAUUGCAAAAACUCAACGAGAUAAGUUUAUACCACAAAAUUGGGUGGCAGCAGCUAUCGGUUUUGAAUUGCACCCUUCAGUCACACAUGUAAGUGUAUGCAAAUCCUAAUCCUCUGCACAAUUUUCAACCAUGGAAGCAAAUGUUUACAUAUAUUGGUCUUUGUACCUUGCUUCCAUAAUUUUAUUUGACAUUAUUACAUAGUCUAUAUAAUAAGAAUUGUAAAAUUUAUUCCAAUGAACUCCUACUUAUGAAGUGUCUCGACCUUUCAGUUCACAUUGGCUAAAUUUGGCUGCUCAUUUCUGUUUGUAAAUUUACGAUUUCUUAUGUGAAAUGUUUCCUUAUUGAUGGCAAUAUCGUUCUCAAUACGGCAGUGUGGCACUAUUUAAAAUUAACUCUGAAUGCACAUUAAGGUAAACACAGUCUGUGCAAUAAUGCUAAGCCUUAAGGAAUUAGGUUCGGAUGGGUUGGGUAUUCAAAAUCAGCAUUUAAAGAAAUGUGAGAAGAGUUGCUUUUCAACAGUUGAGAAACUCAAGCAGAGAUAUAAUCAUUAAACAGAUAUUUGAUUUGUGACUAAAGCCAAGACACAAACGAAUGCUGCUAGCAGGAGACAGGAACAUUUUUUAAAAAUCCAUGCGAUGUAGAUGUGAAUUAUUGCAUCAAGAAGAGUUGAUGCUUCAGUUAUGAACUCUAGUCUUUGUAACAAAGUUUUAAACAUUGGAUUUGUAAAUGACAUAGAACUAUUCAAGUGUUUUAAUGGGAGAUGUUCUGAGUCAAAUUCUUCUUGCACUGGCAUUUAAAGUCAUACCAACAGCAAUGUUCAAUUACAAUGUUAUAAAAAUAUGGUCUUAACAGCCUCUACUGUAUUAAUAAGAAAAAAAAUAGGACUUGCAUGUUAUAAUGUGGUUCUCAGUGCCAGACUCCAACAUGCCAUGGAACAGGUGCUCAACUGAGUGAUUAGAUAGUCUUGUUAAAGCCAGUAGCGUGACAUUCAUUAGUUGCAAAAGUCUUUCAGUAAGCAUUUUGAUUUAGUUACAGGCUGUAGAAUCGCAGAAUUUUGCUCAGAAUGUCAGUUAUAAAGAUGUAGAUAGAUAUUAGUUGUAACAGGAUUCUUUUGUGGACUCACACUGUUUAUGUUACAAAGUUACUGUUUGAAUUUAAAAAAACAAUGCAUGCAUGAUGCCUUUGGAAGUAAUGCAUGAUGUCACUGUUGUUUUUGCAACACAUAAUCAUUUUUAGGGAAUGAUCCACCACUGGUUAAUAAAAUGUAAGUGCAAAUCCCGACCACUAGUUACAAGCAAAACCAUAGCAUGGUAAAAGAACUAAUUAAACAUGAAAAUAUUAGAUUCCAGUUGCUAAUGAUAUAGAUAGGCUUGUGACUCCUAAGUGAAUCCACCUGUAGAGAGUAGGGUGAUUUUGUCAGAAUGCAAUCUUACCUAUUUAAUUCAGCAGACCAGAGCUUAGAUAAGCAAUUCCUAGACGGAAGUGGCUAGUAUUCUAAGAGAAAGGAUCAUUAAUGAAUAUUGUCAAUUUUUAGAAAUGGAUAGUUAAAAUUGAACACAUAUUCAUGGAAAUAGCUCUCUGCUGAAUGAGGGUUCAUUCCUGUGUUAUUCAAGGGGAUAGAAUAGAAAAGGGAUAGUCCCAUAAUACACAAAUUUAUCUCCAGCUCCUGUUGUGAGUAUAGUAGUAUUCGUCAGUUCACUUAAACUUCUGCCAAUGAUUCCUUCAGGUAAGGAAAUGCAGAUCAUUAUUAUGUAUUCAUUUUAACAACUCCCAUUUGUUAAUUAUAAAAAUAUCAUACUGGCAAUGAGCUGAAGGACAAAAUUUAGAUCCCUGCAUGUCAUUUGAAUGUAACUCUGUGGAUAGCUGAAAGAGUUGAGAGUUAAAUUUGAUUGUUCACUGGCGCAGAAUAUAGUUGAAGUAUCAUGAAUUUAAAAAAAGAUAGUUAAAGGAUAUGUCUAUAGCUCAUUCACUUUAAGUAACCCCCACUACAUCUGAAACUUAAAUGCAAGUAGCUUUUAUUUGCUUAAAGCUAAAUCAGCAUACAUACAAAUAGUGCAGAUUUACAUUGAAUUUUAAAGUUUGUCCAAUUGAUAUUUUAAUUAUCAAUCAGUUAAAAUAAAUCCAUUUGAUGUUAGCAAUAAAUAUGUUCACAAAGUAUUCCUUUGUAUGCCAUUUCAUAAAAUUUAUCCCACAGUUAAAGCAGCGAUUGUAUUGUUUGUAUGUACAUGUUAAUAAAACUUCAUAAUUUACUUUCAGUAUAUUACAGCUGUCAUAGUUGGCAGAUAUAUUACUUAUAAAUAAUUGUAUUUUCUUCAUAAUUACCUAAAUGUGUAUAUCCAUAUUCUUUAUACUCCAAUACCUUUUUUAACAAAAUUAUAUUUUCUCUAAACUAGAGUUAUAAAAUGUUAUUAUGAGAAAUGAGGAGAAUGAAAUGAUUAGUUAUAAUAAUUACUGUAUAUUACACAGUUUACAGAGAUACUGCUAUGUGAUGAUGCCAAGUGGGUUGCUUGGCUGUAAUUUUAGAAAUUAUCUCUCCACUCCCUCAGUAACUACACCCACCAACAAAAAAACAUCUGAACUUGAUUAUGAAAAAGUUUCUACAACUUCCAGCUUUUAGAGAAACCUGCAACUUCGUUAAAAAUUGUACAAAGUGAUUAUGUUAUCAGGGACAUAAGGCAGAGUAAUGGAAAUGUUUAGAUCCUUCACACAUUACCCUUUUUUUAUCAAAUUGGUCUGUCCUUGUAGAAUCGAGAUUUCUUCUGUCUGUUGGCUGUAAAAGUUCUACAUGAAAUUAAUUUGUGAAUCUUUGGUCCAUUUUCAACACAGGCAAAACACUAUCCUUAAAUAGUACAAAAUAUUGGCAUGAGAAAUGUAAAUGUGUUAUUACACUGGCACAGUAGAGGCUGUUUGGAACUCUGGCAUUUUGUCAGGCAAAUAAGAGAGCUUUAUCCUGCAACUAACCAGUUACAAAUGACCAGGGAACUAUUGAUGCUGUGUACAGACAUGCCAAAUUAGAUUAUAGAUCAAUAGAUUAUAUAAUAUUUCUAAUUCUUUGGCAUGAUUUUAACUUAGUGAGGUUCUCUUGAAUAGUUUAAGGAGUCACAUGUUGUAAUGAGGCAAAAUAAAUUGUAACAAUUAAGUCUUAAUAAAGAUAUUAUCAGAUGUCCAUAAGUGGACAUGAUGGGGAAAUUAGCUGGCAUUUAACUGUUUGCCUACACUUGGAGAUGGGUUCUUCAUCAAAAGCAAACAGAUGUUGGGGGUUGGGAUUGUUCUCUAGAAUAGGGAGUGCCUGACCUCUGCUGUUGUGAACCAAAGGAAUACUAUUCAGAUCCAUGAAGCUACAGUAAAGUUUAGAUAAAACAUAGAACAUAGACCAGUACAGCAUGGUACAGAUCCUUCCACUCAUGAUGUUGUGCCAGACUUUUAACUUACUCCAAGAUCAAUUUGGCUAUUCCCUCCAUUUUUCUUUCAUCUAUGUGUCUAUCUAAGAGUCUCUUAAAUAUCCCAAAUGUAUCUGACUCUGCUACUACACUUUGAUGGUGUUCCAUUCACCCACCACUCUGUUUUUUUUUUAAAAAAACCUACCUCUGACAUCCCCCUUAUACUUUCCUCCAAUCAUCUGAAAAUUAUACCUUCUUGUAUGAACCAUUUCUGCCCUGGGAAGAAGUUGCUGGCUAUCCACUCUUGCCUCUUAUCAUCUAUUAUAACUCUAUCAAGUCACCUUUCAUUCUCCUUCACUCCAAAGGAAAAGAAAACUCUAAAUCAUUUAACCUAUCCUCAUAAGGCAUGUUCUCUAAUCCUGGCAGCAUCCUGGUAAAUCUCCUCUGCAUCCUCUCUAAAGCAUUCCUCCUAUAAUGAGGCAACCAGAACUAAACACAAUACUCCAAGUGUGUCUAACCUGAGUUUUAUAGAGCUGCAACUCCAUAAAACUUUAGAUACUUUAGAUGGUUUAGAUAGUCUUUUAUACUUUGGAUCCAUUUUUGACAGGACUACAAAGUACAGCAAGAACUCAACUUGAAGCUGAGGCCUGACAUUACCAAAUUUCAUUCUGCCUAGUUUGGAAACUGUGGAGCCUUGCUUGUGUCUAGAAGUGCAGUAAAAGUCAACCACAGUGAGCUCAGUAUUGAACAUAGAUGAAUACAUUGCUACUUCAUUCUUACUCCUUUCUCAUUCAAUUUUACUGAGUUAGGAACAGUUAAAAUUUCCCAUCAUAAAAAAAAUUAUUAUUGACUUGCUCAAAUAAUAGUAAGGUUAACUACAAGAGGAUUCUAAUUCUACAUUUUAAAAAUGAGUAUUAAAAAUUACAACUACAUAGAAGCUUAAAUGAUUAUAUUAAUUGUAUUACCAGACCUUUGCUAUAACUUUCGUGCUCAAAAUUCAUAAUUGGAAAUAACUUACUGAACUUGUAGGCACAGAGGAAGAAAGGCGGCAGAUUGAAUAAUUCCAAAUAUUAGUGAAUGAUGGAUGUUCAGAUUAUAAUAUUGCUCAGCCCAGUAUAAUUUGUUCUCAAUAUGAAUCCUGACUCUGGUUAACUGUUAGCAGUGAUGAGAUUGUUUCCAUGAUUAUAAUGUUGAUAUUGGUCAAGGUAAACUCUCAUCAUUGCACUAGAUGCAAGUUUAGGUUGGACACUUUGAAAAAUCAGGUACAAGGACAAAUUAAACACGUUGGCUUCUUAAUGCAUCAUCAAAUUCUGUCUGACUCAGAAGUUGUCUCAAGAGAUUGCAAUGCAAAUAUAUAUCUAGCUAAGCCCAUAACUGCAUUAAUAACAAUGAAAGACCACUAAGGAUUUACAAAAUCUUCACUGUAGAUAUACAGUAGAAGUAAAAUAUCCUAUUUUUCUUGUCCAUCCUAAUCCAAAGAAUCAAGUCACAAACCUUCAAGGUACUCAGUCUGCUAUGAAAUAGCAUAGUUUUAACAAGACAAAAAUAUUAAGGGGAAAUAUAAUUUUGUCACUUCAUGCUGAUUGUCAAUGAUGUCUUCUGUGAUUUUAGUUGGAAGUGAACAACAGAUGGCCUCUAUAGAAAUGAGUUUCUUCCUGUAUUGAUAUUAAGUGCUAUGACUUGCCUAGAGUGGUAUAAUUCAUUUUUAUCAAUGAAAGAAAAUUCCAAGUUGUAUUAAAUCUAAUGUACUCACUGUGGUGAUGCUCAAGUUGAUUGUCCUAGUAAAGUUCUACCAUCUCCUGAAUACCACUCUCAAGAUUUAGCAUACAGUAUGUGUUAAUGUUUUUGUAAUGCAUUGUUCUCUCUAAGAAGGUUAAGCCUUUGCUGGAAAGCAGAAUAAGAUACUUCUUGGCAAAAGGGAAAUCUACUUGUACUUUAUGUUACAUAGGUGGCAAAUUACAGUAUUUACCAGACCUAUGGUUAAAAAGAUCAUAAAUCAAUGAAGAUAAACAUCUAAGAAUGACAAAAAUUAACCUCAUCCUUCUGAUGCAUUAGCAGUUUCUUAAUACAUUUCUUAUCUCACAAGUAUUUUUUCUACAGUUUGAGUAGCCUCCGACAUUUCCCAAAUUAAAUGCAUAUACUUAAAAAUACUAGUUGACAUGUAAGAACUGAUUUCCUAGGCUAGUGCUGUUGUUGUCUUCUGUGAUAAAGCCCAUCAAGAAAUCAUGGGUGCACUGCCUGCAAUUUUCUGAUGUUUGCAACUAGUAGCUGUGCCACCUUCCUCUCCCACUUGCCUGACACGACCACACUGCAACUGCUGUCUGAAUGAACUCUAGACAGAUCCUCUCCCAUUCUGUAUAGUUCCAAAUAAAUGUAAGCUUGGUGCUGUAAUGUUAGAAAAGAAAAAAAAAAUGUUCUUUCUAUUUUGUUUAUCAAAUUUAGACAUAAGAAUUUUGUAACUUUUGUGAAUGUUUGUCAAUGUUGUUCUACAUACAUUAAAACCGUCUUGGAAUUAAAAAAAAAGGUAUCAGCUGAUUUCCAAAGGUUAUUUUUUUCUUAAAGCUUUGUCAGCAUAAAGGAGACCAUUUGUCAUUUGUGUGAAACUGUGUUGAGCAAACCCAACCCUUCUCCAAACCAUUUAUAUUUUAAACAAUUAUAAUUAUGUCCACAAUGGAAUCCAUGGUCAUCUGUAAAGCUGAAUGCAAUGUCAGGCUAGGCAGCUGCAAAAUGGUUUGAAAAUAUUAGCAUUGUCAUCUUUUGAAGCUGAAAAUAUGAAAUAACCAAUUUUGGUUUCUUUGCUUAAAUAUUGCUUUUAAAAUUUUAAAUUUAAUCUUUUGAAAUGAAUGAUGUGGUCAAAUUCUAAUUUUUUUCAAUGGUUUAUAUAAACUCUUCCAUCACUAGUUUCAAGUUUAUAACUGGGAGCUCCCUCAAUGACCUUGUAGUACCCAUCACCGAACUAUAUUGAGCAGAAGAUUCUAGCUCUGUGGUGAAUAAUUUUUGGGGGUUCACUCUGUUAUUGACCAUGCAGAAAAGCAUGUACAGUAUAUGUGCAUAAAUAUACUUGCACAUAAAUAUUGAAUGAGGUAAAUUUUGACCAUGGCUUUAAUAAUUCCUAAAGGUGAAUUCCUUAUACAUUGUCAUGAACUAUACCAGAAGGCAUGAAAUAUUAUGCAAUAAGAGGCAAGCUCGCAAGGAAAACAAGAAUAUAGCAGAAAAUCAGGAAUUGGUAUUUUCACUUUCUGAGUCUGAGGGAUAGAUUGAGAACUUCAGGUACUUUCACAUCAGCAAAACAAUUAGUCUGUUUUAACCAGUUCAGGUGAUAAUUUGGCCAUUUCAAGAUGGUAAGGAGAAAAACACACUAAACUAUAUCAUAUAGUUUGUGCAUAUUAAUAAAAAUAUAUUGAUUAUGUGCCAGAUGAAGGAGUGUAGGAUUAGAGUCAAAACUCCUUUAAAUCAAAUAUUGUUUUUAAAUGUAAUAAGGGAUAUUUGACAGCAUUCUGUGAAAUAAUUAACAGCCUCCCAGUAUCUUUCCAUCUGAUAUAACUUGGUUUAUCUUUUGCAAUAUUGCUGCUUACUCGCUUUUCAGCAUUUUUAUGAAUGGCCUUGGGUGCUUUCUCGGCAUUUACUUUUCUGUGUAAAUAGGUAAUGACCUUUCUUUCACUGCUCUCUCGGAUUUAGGAAUUUUAAUUUCCAUUUUUAUUUUAAGGCCCUGUGUAUGUAUAUUAUAAUGUUUGUGGCUGAAUAAUAUUUUGUUAUAGUUUUGUACCUGUAUUGAAAUCACACAAUGUACACA